UAGUACUUACACCUGUGACCGUAAAUAUGGUGUAAUGGGAGUUUCCUCGUAAAGCUAUUCAUUAUCCUUGUUUUUAUAAUGAUUUAAGCCAACAAUGAGAACAAGCAUAAUUCUUAACCAAUUUUUGAUGAUCAUUUUAGAUGAUCAUAAAAAAUAUCUUUCAAGAAUAAUUUAUACAUAAAUAUGAAGAUUUAACCUAAGAAACAAAAAAAUAUAAAGUUAUGUGCGAGAAAGAUACAAAUCGAUCGUCGAUAAGGAAGAUACCAAACAAUUGUUUAUAAAAACGUCGAAGACGUACUUUGGAAAGAGACAAGACAUCAUUUCGUUUCCUUUUUUAAAAUAAAUUCAUUUCAUCUGACAUUGACGUAUUAAUAAUGGCGAAAGAUACGUACGACAAUAAUAAUUUGGAUUGGCUAAAAAUAAGAGAAGUUGACGCUGAAGAAUAUCCCGUUGGACAAUUAGCUGAAACCCCGAAGGAGAAAUUAUUUCGUAAAGUACGAGAAAAUCCUUUCGUACCAUUAGGUACACUUGCCACAGUGUCUGCUCUCACUUACGGAUUAUACAAUUUUUCUAUAGGUAAUACAAAAAUAUCACAGUAUAUGAUGCGUACACGUGUUGCUGCUCAAGCUUUUACUUUCAUUGCCAUAAUUACUGGUCUUAUGUUAACCCAGAAUAAAGUUAACUCUAAAACAUAAUAUGUAUGAAGAAAUGUAAACAAAUCUUUUAAUCAUAGAAAGUUGAUUUUCAACAUAUUUAGAUUUAUGUUAUCAUAAAUAACAUCAUAUAGUUUAAACUUC